CAGGGCAAUCUCAUCUCGAUCCUUUGAUCUCCGUUUCUCCACAUUCUAAUCAAUUAGCUAGGCGAAGCAAAGAAUGGAGUUGGAGCUCGGCCUUGCACUCCCCAGCUCUGAUCUGAUGAUGGAGAAGAGUACCUUUUGCAAGAAGAGACGCUUCGAUGAGGUGCUCGACGAAAACACUGUUACUUUGCCACUCUUCAUGCAGAGGGAGGAAGACAGCGACAGUGACAGGGGAUUCGAGCGUUCUUCUGAGGAGCUUAACUUUGGUGGAGGUAGAGUUAUAGUUGGUUGGCCGCCGGUGAAGUUGUCGAGGAGGAGGACGAGCUGCGUGAAGGUGAACAUGGAGGGGAUUGCCAUAGGAAGGAAGGUGGACCUUUCCCUCCAUGAUUCUUACCAGGCUCUCUUCCUCACACUAUACACGAUGUUCCCUAAGAAGCAACAUGAGGAAGAGGAUGGAGGGUAUAAUUCUUACAAAGUGACUUAUGAGGACGAAGAAGGGGAUUGGAUGCUGGUUGGAGACGUGCCAUGGGAAGCUUUUAUCAAGUCGGCGAAGCGUCUCAAGAUAAUCACCUGUUGAAGCAGAAGGAAAGAUGAAUCAGACCCAAAAGUCCAUUAAUAUUUAGCUAGCAAUAUAUGGUUGCUAUAUUAUAUAAUAUAUAUGUAUGUAUUUUAACUUCCUUUAUGUAAUCUCGAGGUAAACAGUGCUGUGUUUAAUUUUGUGUGGCACACAGACGGUUGGGGUUAUGGUGAAUCGAAGCUCUCAGCUGAUUACAAGAAAA